AGUCCGACAAAUGCAUUAUCCGCCUUUACGUCAAUUCCGGCUCAUGCAACGAGGUGAGGAUGUCUAGUCUCGUCUACGAUGCCGUAGUAGGCUUCGCGACGUGCCCAUUGUUGUCCUUGCGUCAAGAGAGGCGCAUCAUCUUUAUGCUCUUCGCCCUGUCUGAAACGGAGACGAAGCGUAAAGAACGGUCUACGUUGAACCUUAUCGGCAAAAGCCGCUCUCAGUGAGAUGGCCCAGAAAGGCGGUUGAGUAGAGUCUGGUUCCUUCGACGACAAUCCUCCAAACUGCGUAUUCUCGGUGUCAUGUCGCAUUAAAGGAUAAAUCAUAGCUGUCAAUGCUAACGAUAACGAUAUCUAGAGGUUAGCAUUGCAUGACGACCAUAGGGAUCGACAGGUCCACCGGACGGAUUCCGAAGGGCCAUCAGGAUUAUACCUCAAUUGAAGCCUUUUCAUUCAGGCUCCGGAUUUACAGGGCAUCAGAACUACCCAAAGUAAACUGUUUACUAUCUGCAUUGUGGGGUAUGCGUGAGUUGAGGCUGUGGGUUGCCGGUGACGGAAGCAUACCUCACAAGCCGAAGCAACAUAGUGCCACCCGUCCACACUUCACCUUCGGAAGCCCCGGACAGCCAUCUCGCUCUAGUUAUCAUGGUUGCUCUGCACCUGAGGUAUCGAGUCUGUGGGCAAUGACCGCUGAUCAUGCAAGAUGAAAGAGAAAGAGACCGUAAUCAGCAUGUUAAACACGAGGCAUGAGCAGAGGCUGGAUUUACUCGUUUCGUCCAUCGCCAAUUCAUGAUCUGGCACAGUGCUUUCCGUAGUCGAGGGAUCUCAUGAUGUAGCCACGCUUCGCCUCGUUGUAGAUUACUUCAAGCACAUAUAAUCGCUUCUAUGAACUACUACACUGUCCUCGAUCUUCCUAAAGGUGCUUCAGAGGAAGAGAUUAGAGCGGCGUACAAGAAACUUGCUCUAAAGUGGCAUCCAGAUCGUCAUAUGGACGACAAGGAGGAUGCACAGGAAAAGUUCAUUGAAAUCAGUCAUGCGUAUAACUCUUUGUUGGAUGCCUUGCACCAUCCUCGGAAACACAAGCACCGGGAUCGAGACAAAAAGAACGACACCCCCGUACCCCCUCCACCACCUCCGUCAAGUUCAGGUUCUUCCGAAAGCCACUCGAGCAGCUCCGAUUCGCCCUCGUCGAAACAUAAGGAAGAUCGGGACGGGAAAGAUAAACGUUCCGAGGAACGGAAUGCUCGACAGCGUGACCCGAUGCCUAAAGCCUCUUCAAGCUCUUCAUCUCGGAAACCUUCCGUGAGAACCAAGGCUCACCAUCCUCGAACAACCUUCUUCCCACACUUUCACUCGGAUUCAUCUUCAGAUGAAUCCGAUGAUGACAGUAUACAUCAUCACCGUGGGACUCGUCUGAAGAAGCCCCGGCAUCUUGAGGAUGAAGACUACGAGUUUGUGGACUUAGGGUCGCCUUUACAGCCCUUAAGCUCACCGAAGUCUACCCCUGACAUAUCAAAGGAUUGGGUGUUCCCUCUUCCAUUGUCUCUCGAGGACCUCUGCAGUGGUGCUUCUCAUCGUUAUCGGGUCACACGUACCCUUCGAUCUGGAAAAGCGCAGAAUGUGAAGAUCGACAUCAAGGUUUCGCCUGGAUGGAGGAAAGGUACUCGGGUCCGAGUGCCUGGUGUUGGAAAUGAACGCAAAGACGGGACAUUCCAGGACAUCGUGUUCGUCGUCGAAGAACAGUCACACUCCCGUUUCACUCGUGUCGACAAUGAUUUACUUAUCACCGUACAAGUCCCUUGGGCAGAUUCGUCCUCGAGACCAUACUCGUGGUCUUCAGUUGACUCGGAUCUUAAUGGAGAACUUAGACCACCACGAGAAGAGAUGGCGUUUGUGAAAGGGGUGGACGGGGAAGAAUUUGCGCUUCCGAUACCGAGAUCGUUGGUAGAAGGUGCAGAUGGAAGUCGGAUUGUGGGUGCUGGCAUGCCAAUCCGAAGUCAUGGCCGAGUGGAUGGUCGAGGUGAUCUGGUUGUGCGAUGGGAGUUCGUGUUUCCUGAGACUGAUAAAGCUCAGCAAUCACGAUGGCAGGCUCUGACAAAGGCGAUGAAGUGGAAGUAGCCCUCUCUUUUCAUAUAUCACUCCUUUCUUGAUUCGUACUUUUUGAGCUUUGGACUCAGUGGUAUUUGUACCCUAAAAAAUUUCCUGCCACUCUUUUGGUAUUCGCAGGGUUCUAUACUCCGGUGUAUUCACGUGUAAUAUACUUUCCUUCAUGUUAUCUGCAAUAUAAGCAUGUUAUACACGC